AGACAUGACCAGAGCACUGAGAGAUAUCAGGUAUUGAUGUAACUGGAGUGAAUAAGUGAACCUUCUUCCUGAGCACAGACAUUGGAGCCUGUUAUCAGCAUGAACUCAUAUGUGUUAGACAAACACUUGAAUAGUUCAUAUCCCUCCUUCACUACAGAAAGCAUCAGAAUGAUACCACAAACUCCAAUAGUCUUGGACACCAAUGACUAUUCACAAACAUUGGGCAUAUCACAGCAGAUAUUUAGAGAAGAUGGUGAAUUGGCAGGAACUGGGCAGCAAUCAUUAUGUACAGAUAGUAAUUUAGUCAUCAAACAAGAGGACAACAUUUAUGCCUUAUCUAGUGAAAUUAUUAUCCCAGAGGAUAAACCACACACAUUUACUGAGUUUUCAAAACAUAUUAAAGAAGGGAAAAGUCUACAGUCUAACCAAAUGAUUCAUACAAAGGAGAAACCUUUCAAAUCUACAGAAUGUGAGAAAAGCUUUAGAUGGAAGUCUCAUCUACUAGAACACCAGAAAAUUCACACAGGUGAGAAACCACACACGUGUACUGAGUGCGGCAAAUGUUUUACACGAAUAGAUAAUCUGAAAACUCAUGAAAGGAUUCACACAGGAGAAAAACCUUUCACAUGUACAGAGUGUGGAAAAAGUUUUACACGAAAGAGUGAUCUGAAAAAGCAUGAAAGGAUUCACACAGGGGAAAAGCCGUUCACAUGUACAGAGUGUGGAAAAUGUUUUACAGAAAAGAGUAAACUGAAAACUCAUGAAAGGAUUCACACAGGAGAAAAGCCUUUCACAUGUACAGAGUGUGGGAAAAGUUUUACAGAAAAAAGUCAUCUGAAAACUCAUGAAAGGAUUCACACAGGAGAAAAGCCUUUCACAUGUACAGUGUGUGGAAAACGUUUUAUACAAAAGAGUGAACUGAAAAGUCAUGAAAGGAGUCACACAGGAGAAAAGCCUUUCACAUGUACAGAGUGUGGAAAAUGUUUUACACGAAAGAGUGAUCUGAAAAAGCAUGAAAUGAGUCACACAGGAGAAAAGCCUUUCACAUGUACAGAGUGUGGAAAAUGUUUUACAGAAAAGAGUAAACUGAAAACUCAUGAAAGGAUUCACACAGGAGAAAAGCCUUUCACAUGUACAGAGUGUGGGAAAAGUUUUACAGAAAAAAGUCAUCUGAAAAUUCAUGAAAGGAUUCACACAGGAGAAAAGCCUUUCUCAUGUACAGAGUGUGGAAAAUGUUUUACAGAAAAACGUCAUCUGAAAACUCAUGAAAGGAGUCACACAGGAGAAAAGCCUUUCGCAUGUACAGAGUGUGGAAAAAGUUUUACACAAAUAAUUAGUCUGAAAACUCAUGAAAGGAGUCACACAGGAGAAAAGCCUUUUACAUGUACAGAGUGUGGAAAACAUUUUACAUUAAAAAGUAAUCUGAAAACUCAUGAAAGGAGUCACACAGGAGAAAAGCCUUUCAUGUGUACAGAGUGUGGAAAAUGUUUUGUCAAAUCAUGCAUAAAAGAAGAAUGUGCUGACUUAAAGAGAGACAUUUAUGAGCUUGGAUAUAGGGUUGAAGCCCUGGAGAAUAAACGAGAAGAAAUAGCUAAAGACAUGACAGAUAUGUCACAAAAAAUACUUCUACAGCAAGAACAGAUCACAGAUCUAGAACAAAAGUUAGACAACAUAAGGAACAGAACUCAAACCAACAACCUUCAAAUCAGAGGGAUACCUGAGAAGGUGCCAGGUGACGCAAUUCAUGACUACCUCCAAGACAUAUUUCAAUCCCUGGCAAUAGCGAACUCUGUUGUUAUUCAAGAAAUCCCUCUGGAAAGAGCUCACUGCACACUUCGCCCUAACACUACAGAAAACUAUCCUCCAAGAGAUACUGUGGUGUGCUUUCAGAGCUUAAGGGAUAGAGAAAAGAUACUGAACUUUUCUAGACAACGGCACAACUUUACAUACUUAAGUGCAAAGAUCCAAUUCUUCCAAUACCUCUCCAUCAAAACAUUGCAGAGAAGAAGAGACUUUAACAUCCUAACUAUGCAUCUAAGAUCCUUGAAGGUUCCCUAUAGAUGGGGCUUCCCUGUAUCCAUCCAAACUAUCAAAAGUGGAAAAUUAAUCAAAUGUACAGACCCAUCCGACACAGCUUCCUUCUGCCCUGCAUCUCAAGCUUCGAUAUCGGUUGUUGCAGUUCGACCCAAACCUCAAAGAAGCACCUGGUCAGAACACUUGAAUAGUUCAUAUCUCUCCUUCACUACAGAAAGCAUCAGAAUGAUACCACAAACUCCAAUAGUCUUGGACACCAAUGACUAUUCACAAACAUUGGGGAUAUCACAGCAGAUAUUUAGAGAGGAUGGUGAAUUGGCAGGAACUGGUCAGCAAUCAUUAUGUACAGAGAGUAAUUUAGUCAUCAAACAAGAGGAAAACAUUUAUGCCUUAUCUAGUGAAAUUAUUAUCCCAGAGGAUAAACCACACACACUUACUGAGUUUUCAAAACAUAUUAAAGAAGGGAAAAGUUUACAGUCUAACCAAAUGAUUCAUACAAAAGAGAAACCUUUCAAAUCUACAGAAUGUGAGAAAAGCUUUAGAUGGAAGUCUCAUCUACUAGAACACCAGAAAAUUCACACAGGUGAGAAACCACACACAUGUACUGAGUGCGGCAAAUGUUUUACACGAAUGGAUCAUCUGAAAACUCAUAAAAAGAUUCACACAGGAGAAAAGCCUUUCACCUGUACAGAGUGUGGAAAAAGUUUUACACAAAAGAGUGAUCUGAAAAAGCAUGAAAUGAGUCACACAGGAGAAAAGCCUUUCACAUGUACAGAGUGUGGAAAAUGUUUUACACGAAAGAGUGUUCUGAAAAAGCAUGAAAUGAGUCACACAGGAGAAAAGCCUUUCACAUGUACAGAGUGUGGAAAAUAUUUUACAGAAAAGAGUAAACUGAAAACUCAUGAAAGGAUUCACACAGGAGAAAAGCUUUUCACGUGUACAGAGUGUGGGAAAUGUUUUACAUUUAAAAGUAUUCUGAAAACUCAUGAAAGGUUUCACACAGGAGAAAAGCCUUUCACAUGUACAGAGUGUGGAAAAAGUUUUACAGAAAAAAGUCAUCUGAAAACUCAUGAAAGGAUUCACACAGGAGAAAAGCUUUUCACAUGUACAGAGUGUGGGAAAAGUUUUACAUUAAAAAGUAAUCUGAAAACUCAUGAAAUGAUUCACACAGGGGAAAAGCCUUUCACAUGUACAGAGUGUGGGAAAUGUUUUACAGAAAAGAGUAAACUGAAAACUCAUGAAAGGAUUCACACAGGAGAAAAGCCUUUCACAUGUACAGAGUGUGGAAAAAGUUUUACACGAAUGGAUCAUCUGAAAACUCACGAACGGAUUCACACAGGAGAAAAGCCUUUUGCAUGUACAGAGUGUGGAAAACGUUUUACACAAAUAAUUAGUCUGAAAACUCAUGAAAGGAGUCACACAGGAGAAAAGCCUUUCACAUGUACAGAGUGUGGAAAACGUUUUACAGAAAAGAGUAAUCUGAAAACUCAUGAAAGGAUUCACAAGGGAAGAAAACUUUAACAUGUUUGGAAAGUAGAAAAAAAUGUUUUUACUGAAAUCAGGUAUCACAAAACACUAAAUAUUUAUAUACAAAUAAACUUUAUAUACACAGUGUGCAAACCUUUUUACAAUUAUCCUAAAGAGGUCAAACUCUCUAAAUAGAAGCAUCAAAAUGGAUCCUAUUGUAAAUAACACUUUCUAAUCCCAGUUAUAAAAGCCCCAGAUUGGAAGUGCUCUCCUGCUGUCCUUUGUUCCUCUAUAUAUGUGCACCUCAGUUUCUCUCAUAUUAAUGUGAUAGAAUACAAACACCACACAGGAAUAUACAAAUCUGGCCUCAUACUGACCCGUUUACACAACCAUUUACCACCAAAGCACCCCCAUUGUUGUUUAUUAAUACGCCAGUGUUAGGAGUUGUACAUUUGAUUUACAUAGGGGAGGAAAUAAUUACAGUUACAGAUUAAAGGAGUUUUUGUAUGAAUAGAGAAUUAUAUAAACAAGAACAUCAGUCUCAAAUGAUUGACAUCUGGGAGAUAUAUUUAAUGUGCACAUCAGAUGGAUGAACCUUUUCUUAUAGCAAUAGAUGCUUAGCAUUGUACAUGUUAUAUACCAGAGGAAUUACUGAGGAGAUACUGAUUUUAUUUAAUGAGACACAAUAUCAGUAACCGGUACAUACGUGAUCAUAAUCAGUUUAAUUUAAAUGGCUACUAUAACCUACAUAUAUACUGGGUAUGUAAUAUGUGUGUCAUGUGAUCAUAAUCGGUUUAAUUUAAAUGGCUACUAUAACCUACAUGUAUACUGGGUAUGUAAUAUGUACGUCAUGUUCUGUAACUUGAUAUUAUGUCUGUUAGAUGUUUUCAUGUUAGUUAGAAGCCACAAGAACUGAUAAUAGCACAUACUGUAUAUAUAAAGGGAACAUUAUAUGUCUGAUAAAUCCCUUUGUAUCAAGAGCACAAGUGUUAGGUAUAUUUAUACCAUUGUGUGCAUAUAUCAUGUAAUGCUGCUGUUUACUAUAUAAUGAUAUACAAUGUUUUUUCAUGCAAAUAAAAAGUGAUUGUAAUCCA